AAGACUGCUGUUUUUUUUUUCCUCUUUCUCUUUCUCUUCUGUUCAAAUCAUGACUCUACUUCUUCUUCGUCUUCGGCUUCGUAUCUUUUUUUUGCUCAUAAUUAUCAUCAUACACAUCCGCAACAUCCAUGAAAAAGAUUAAAAAGAAAACGAUUUUCCCCUUGUUAGAUAGUUUUAUCUCUGCUGUAUAAAAGUAAUUAUAGGUCACUGUUGUUAGUAUCAAACUCAAUUCUGGUUUUUCUAAGAUUCUUUCUACAACUUCUCUAUGGCCAACUUUUCCCAUACAAACGAAGCCCACCUCCAACUCUAAUUGGCCCAUGUAAAUUCUUUUAUUAUUAUGAUUCUUAGGUAAUAUUAGCUAACCUUGUCCGUUCUUUGAUUCCCCUUCCAAUACUAAGGAUUCUCAGUAUAUUUCUUCUUCCAUUUCUGAGGCUUAUCUGGGCUAUUUCUUUUAAGAUGUGGGUUUUUUUUUUAAUUGGGUCUACUUUGUUAUCUGUUAAUUAUCUGCAAUUUCAUUGAUCAUCAUCCCUUCUUCUAGAAGAUUCUUCGAUCCUCUCUUAUUAGUUAGAAUUAGUAUAUAAUUUUAUUUUUCUAUUCUUAAUGGCUUAUCAGUCGAUUCCGGGUCCUAGCUCGGGAUCGAGUUCCAGUUCUGGGUUUCAAUACAUGAAUUCUCCUUUUGGAGAUACCACAUACACCAAGGUCUUUGUCGGGGGACUUGCUUGGGAGACUCAAAGUGAGACCAUGCGUCGCUAUUUUGAGCAAUUCGGGGAGAUUCUUGAAGCUGUCGUCAUCACUGAUAAGAAUACUGGGCGAUCCAAGGGCUAUGGUUUUGUGACUUUUCGGGAACCGGAGGCUGCGAAGAAAGCCUGUGCUGAUCCAACUCCAAUAAUUGAUGGUAGGCGAGCAAAUUGUAAUUUGGCUUCACUUGGGCGACCUCGACCUCCAAUAUUCUACGGUCGUCCAAGGCCAACAACCCUACAUAGUGGGACCUUGCAAGCCACCCGGGGCCCUUAUUUUGGAAGUUUUGGCUACCAGCAACCACUUUCAAUAAGCUACCAACAAGGAUUGGUGUAUCCACCUUAUGGGUAUUCAACAUAUGGCCCUGAAUAUGUCUACCCACAGGGUGUUUACAACCCAUACAUGGUUCAGCAGUACCUUCAGAUGUAUGGAGUGCCUGGGAUGGUCAACACCGCUAUAUAUCCUUAUGGACAAUUGGGUCAAACCAUUCCUGGAGGUCAUGGUUAUACUCCAUUGCAGGGAUUUGCAGUGCCUGGUCAUCAGAUUGUGCAGUUCAGUGGGCCAAGUGUAAAUGCAGUAACAACUUCACCAAUGCCCACAGUUCAGGCACCAUAUCCUGCUGGUAUUGCUGCCCCUGUUCCACCACAACCUCAAUUUAUAGUCCCUGCUCCUUCUCAGAUUGUGCAAGGUAGCAGUUCUGACCAAACAACUGGGUGAGGGGUUGAUCAAGGUAUCCUUAGAUUGCAGCAGGACUAAGAACAGCAGAACUGCUAAUUGAGCAGUGGGCUUCAGAUCUAGCCUUGCAAAUUAAAUUUCUUGCAUUCUAGAGGUCAUACAUGGUUCAUGCUCACCAGAGAAAUAUGUUGUCUGUGUCGCAUUGUCGUGUGGUGAAGGGUAAUGGAAGAUGCGGGCUGCACUUCCUUUGCCCUAUUGUAUCUAUAACCUUCAUGUGCAUGCCUGCUGGUGCUCAGGGAGAGCUGCGAGCAGUCAUAGAUUGAUGGAUAUGCUGGAAUGGGAUUUCGGCAACCAUGAAGGAAAGAAUAGGACAAUUUUUAUCUUUAAUGUUUAAAAGAGAAUGUCAGCAUGCAUAGAAUCAAGAUACGAUUCUUAUAGUCUAGUUUAGUCCAGUUCAGUCCCAGCAUUUGGGUAUUUAGAUGGUCUCUGGUACUAGUAGUAGUGGUGUCUACUGGUGCCUUUGCAUUGUAUUGACAUUAAAAAGUCAGUUCAACUUUUGUGCAUAUUAGUUCUAGUGGCUUUCUUCUACACUUUAUCUUCUGUAAUUUUCAUGAUCUGACAGCCCGACCUCAGAGCAUGGGGAAAGCUUCGGUCAUAUUUAAUUUUAAAGAAAGGGAAAAAUCUGUGUGUA